AUGUCGCGAUGUGCGGCUGGUGUCCGGUGCAUUGUUGCUAUGCGCCAACGAUCACACAUCACGACUAAUUGCAAUUCCGCGCGGCUCCAGUGGGAGCACGCCGUGCUGCCGCGCGACUAUCGCCGCGUGUUGCGACACACGCCCGGCGACGAACCCUCCGCCGCCGCCCAGCAAAUAUUAACAUGGAUUAAUCGCAAUUCACGCCGCGAGCCAACAAUUAUGUUGCGCAACUAUCCGCGUUCGACACAACUUCAAUAUUCACCACGCGUCACUCGCCCCUACUUUAAUUCAGCUAUUUUAAUUGCAUAA